AUGAAUAUAUCACUUGUGGAAGGUCAAUGUUUAGGUGGUAAAUUAUCCGAUACUGUUAAUGUUGCUAUUCAAAUUGAUGGUACACAAGUUCAUGAACGAUAUGCAACUAAACAAAAUGAUUUCGAUGAAAAAAAGAUUCAUAUUGACGAUGAUAUUCAAAUGAGUGAAUUUGCUUUACAAAAGAACGUUCCUUUGGGACCUGCUGAGCUAGAUUUACUUGCUACAGUUGGACCACGAACAAUACAUGUUUAUGAUAAACUAUGUGUAGUCGUUCUUUCUACUGAUAGUGGGGGAAUUCGCGAUAUAGCACACAUUGUUUCAGCAGAUAUUCAAUAUAGUUUACGUUUAUUCGGUGCUCGACGUUGUGAAGGUUUACUAUGUUUGUCAAGCAAAGCUGAUGUUGAUCUAUUAUUUUUUAAUAUAAAACAAGAUGGUUAUGAUCAACAAGUUGAUCGUUUACUUUUAUCAUUUUCGAAAGAAAUUUAA